CUUCCGGUUCCGGGCAUGCGGCUGCGUGUCCGGGAAGUUGCUGCUGCCGCCGCCGCCGCCGCCGUUGGGCCUGGGACGAGGGCGCGGCUGGGCGGCGGCGGCCGCCGGGCCCCCAUGGCGAAGAGCAAGUUCGAGUACGUGCGGGACUUCGAGGCGGACGACACGUGCCUGCCCAACUGCUGGGUGGUCACCCGGCUGGACGGCCGCAACUUCCACCGCUUUGCUGAGCAGCAUGGCUUCAGUAAGCCUAAUGAUGACCGUGCCCUCCAUCUGAUGACUAAGUGUGCCCAGACUGUGAUGCAAGAGCUGGAGGAUAUUGUCAUGGCUUAUGGACAGAGUGAUGAAUACAGCUUUGUUUUUAAAAAGAAAAGUAACUGGUUUAAAAGAAGAGCAAGUAAGUUCAUGACUCACGUCGUCUCCCAGUUUGCCUCCAGUUAUGUUUUCUACUGGAAGGAUUAUUUUAAGGACCAGCCACUCCUGUAUCCACCCGGAUUUGAUGGACGAGUUGUCUUGUAUCCCAGUAACCAGAAUUUAAAGGACUAUCUCAGCUGGAGACAGGCAGAUUGCCACAUUAAUAACCUCUAUAAUACAGUGUUUUGGAUGCUUGUGCAGCGAAGUGGCUUGACACCAGUCCAAGCACAAGACAGAUUACAGGGAACUUUGGCUGGAGACAAGAAUGAGAUUUUAUUUUCUGAAUUCAACAUUAACUACAACAAUGAGCCUUUGAUAUAUAGGAAAGGAACUGUACUAAUAUGGCAGAAGGUUAAAGAAGUCACUACAAAAAGAAUAAAACUGCCAAAGGAAACGGAAGAGAAGGAAGUUGAAGUGACACGGACCAGGAGUAAAGCUGUCCCACUGCACUGUGACAUCAUUGGGGACCAGUUCUGGGAGGACUAUCCAGAAAUCCUAGCUGAUAGCUGACCUUCCCAGUUUGAGUUCUUGUGCAAACAACAGGAAACAACUUAUCUGCAUGAGCUUCUGGGAAGUGAGGACUGUGGGGUGAGGCUCGGAUAAUUUAACUUUGUAAUUCAGCAUCCACAUUUUGAGUGAUGUUGUCUUAGAAACAGUGUCCUUGCCUGUCAUGCAGCUAUAUCUAUCUGCAGAAGCGAAAAUCAUGGUACUUUCAAAGGGAAAGAACUUUUAUAUAAAAUUACAAAAUUAACCCUUGUAAAUGCAUAUUUGCAUUGACUUAUAACAACAUCAUCAUGCAUGUAUGUAGGAUCUUUCACAUUAACGACACAGGGUGCUUUAUAGAGUUACUCCGCUAAAACCAUCUACUCUUUGGAACAGUUAAAAGCAGCAGAAAGAUUUUCUUUAGGUUUGUUUUAAACUCUGAAACAGACUAAAGACUUGGAAUAGUGCCUUGAAUCAAGUUCCAUAACCAGGGAGCUUUGUUACAAAAAUUCUCUAGCAGUCCACAUCUCAGGCCUAUGUUGAAGAUACACAAAGUAGCCCAACAAUUUGCUGUAACUAAUUUUAAAGGGGUUUUUCUCAUGUGUAAAUUACUUUUCUAUUUUUUUAAAGAUGCAGAAAUGUAAUUCUCCCCCUCCUAUGUUUAUUCUUCAGAGUUUUUUGUCGCUGUGGCUUUGCUAGUUAUUAGUGAAGGUCUCAAAUGGCCAAAUGUUGUAAUAAAGUUCUCAUACAGAUUUCUGUCGUGGUAGGAGGUGUGUGUAGGUCAUGCUCUCAUUUUUCUGCUCACUGGGAAACCCUCUGGCUCCUGCUGGCUAGGAUUAUGGAAACUAGCAGAGAAGAGGGAGAGAAGAUCUUAUUGCUUAUAGUUGGGAAGGUCUUAUGUUACUCUUGUUUGAUCCAUGCAGUGGUAUAGAUGACAGUUCCUGCUACAAGAGGAGGCAGAGAUGAGUCAUGAUGGGAUGGAUGAGGAGAAACUACCUUGGAGUGUGUACCUGAAGGAAUUUGGUGCCCUGGCCCACAUAUAGUUUUUGUGCUGAUUUAACUAUUUUGGUUAGAGGAAUACUUGUUACCAAAGUAGUUAAAUCAGCUCAGUCCCUAGUGUGGACACAGUUAUACCAGUAUAUUUAGGGGGAUAAGUUUAUAAAAGUGUAUACUGAUAUAGAAGCAUCCACACUAAGGAUGGUACCAUUUUAACUAUACGGGUUUCAAAUGACAUAGUUUAACUGUCAGAUAAGGUGGGGAGGUAAUAUCUUUUAUUGGACCAACUUCUGUUGGUGAAAGAGACAAGCUUUUAAGCUUACACAGAACUCUUCUUUAGGUUUGAUUAAACUAUGUUGACAAGUACUUGGUAAGGAAUUGUUCAUGCUUCGCAGGCUGGGCAUAGACAAUGAAAGCAAGGAGCAACUAUGACUAAAGAAGGUUGACACUGGACUUGUCUCUCAUUAAUUAACAUUCCAGCCACUCCUCCCCCCCCCAGAAGAGAGCUGAUUUACAGCAAUAUGUAUCUUUUUUUACUAUUAUUUAUUCACAACCUGUCUGAAAAGCACUAAUAAAAAAUUACGGAGUCAA